GGAUUUAAAUGCAGAGAAGUUCGAGAAAACUUCAGAAUUUGUGCUUUUUAUCCACAUUUUCAUUGAUAAAUCGUCUUCAUUCUGUUAACAACGGUUCCUUAUAUUGUUCCUCUCGACCACAGCACCAUAAUUACGUGGGAAAGACUAAAGAAAUUGAGACAAACAAUAAAGUUGUCACUCCUAAAUUUCGCAUAGGACUCUCCUGUAAAUUUUGUACAGGAGCAUAUUGUACAGGAGAAAAAAAGGGCGUUACUGUUCUCUUGGAGAGUGCUUUAAGCCCUAAGUCGAGUUCUGCAUUUGCAGGGAGAAUGGGAGAGGAAGGGGGUGACACAGGACACAGUGAUCUCAUAUUGAAGUCACCGAAUGACAAGAAACAGUACAGAUCAAUCACCUUGGAAAAUGGUCUGAGAGCCCUACUCAUACACGACCCAUCUGGAAAAGAGGAGGCUGAAGAGGAUGAUGAAGAAUCUGGGGAUUCAGAUGAAGAAAUGAUGAGUGGGGAUGAGAGUGGUUCUGGAGAGGAAGAGGAGGAGGAGGAGGACAAUGAAGAGGAUGAUAAGGAAAAGAAAGGAGACAAGGCAAAGGCCAGAUCAGAAAAAUAUUCUGCUGCAGCACUAUGUGUUGGGAUGGGAAGUUUCUCAGAUCCACCAGAUAUCCCUGGCUUUGCUCACUUUCUUGAACACAUGGUUUUCAUGGGAAGUGAAAAGUACCCAGACGAGAAUGACUUCGGCAACACUCUCAGUCGGCAUGGAGGCACCACCAAUGCAUUCACAGAUUUAGAACAUACUGUUUUCUACUUUGACGUUCAAAGGAAGUACUUCCAAGAUCUGCUGGAUAGAUUUGCAUGGUUUUUCAUCCACCCUCUUCUGAAGCAAGAUUCAGUCGACCGGGAACUUGAGGCUGUGGACCAUGAAUUCACGAUGAGCAAGUUGUCAGAUUUUGCUCGUAGGCAGCAGCUUUUCAGUAACAUGACUAAACCAAAUCAUCCGAUGGGAAAAUUCUUCUGGGGAAAUAGCCAGAGUUUGAAAUCGGAUCCUCAGAGUUUGGGUAUCGAUGUGUAUGGCAAGCUACGUGACUUCUACAAGAGAAUGUAUUCUGCCCAUUACAUGACCCUAGCAGUACAGUCCAGAGACUCAUUGGAUGUCCUUGAAGAAUGGGUCCGGGAGAUAUUCUCUGCGAUGCCUAACAAUGGAUUACCAAGACCAUCCUUCCAUGAGAUGAAAGAGCCAUUUGAUGUGCCUGAUUUCUACAAGAUGUACAAAGUGAUUCCCAUCAAAAAGGAGCAUGCAGUUCAGUUAUCGUGGGCACUACCUUCACUGAAGGAGUACUACAAGGUCAAACCGUUGCACUAUUUGGGCUGGAUCCUUGGCCACGAAGGCAAGGGAAGCAUUUUAUCCUACCUAAAAAAGAAAUGCUGGGCGUUGAGUAUCAGCAGUGGGAACGAUGAAUCGGGUUACGAGCAUAACUCAACUUGGGCUGCUUUUACCCUCAAUAUCAGACUGACAGAUGAAGGACUGUCACAUCUGUAUGAGGUGCUAACGUCAGUAUUUGAAUACAUCACAAUGAUGCAAAGGUCGAGGCCUAAUGAGAGGAUAUUCAGGGAGAUCCAGGCAAUAGAGGCAAAUGACUUCAGAUGGCAGGAUGAGAUUGAUCCUGUUGACUAUGUUGAGAGGCUGUGUGUCAACGUGCUACAGUAUCCAGUGAGGGAUUAUCUGACCGGAGAUAUUCUCAUGUUUGAUUAUGAUGAAGAGAUUGUGAGCAAGGUGCAGAACAUGUUGAAACCAGAACGUGUGAAUAUCACACUGAGUUCCGAGAGCCCCGAGAUGCAGCUUGAUUGUAUUGAAGUCGAGAAAUGGUUUGGAACGCAGUAUUGUGUAAACGACAUCAACCCCGAUUGGAUAAAGUCAUGGAGCAAUCUUGAGCCGGGGUCACAGUUUUUCCUACCUCCUGAAAAUACAUUCAUUGCCACCGAUUUUGAUCUGAAGACACCCGACCUGGAAACGGACUCGAAGCUGCCUCUGUUGAUAUUGGAGAAUGAACGUAGCAAAGUCUGGUACAAGAAAGAUGAGAAGUUCAAGUUUCCCAAGGCUUACUAUUCAUUCCAUCUGAUCACGCCGGCUGUGAACAGGACACCCAAGAACCGAGUCCUGUUUGACAUCUACAUGUGCCUCCUGAAACACAACCUAGCAGACGUAGCCUAUGAUGCAGACGUCGCACAGAUGGACUAUACCUUUAAGGCUCUGGAGACUGGCAUGAUCAUCGAAGUCAGUGGAUUCAAUCAUAAGUUACAUAAACUUCUUGAGACCGUGGUACAACACAUGAUCGACUUUGAAACAAAGGAUGAUAUCUUUGAGGCGAUGAGAAUACAACUGACGAGAACAUAUCACAACCUGUUCAUCAAGCCAGAGAGACUAGUCAAAGACGUACGCUUGUCAAUUCUGCAGAACAUCCACUGGACUUCUCUGGACAAGUAUGAAGCCUGUCAGCACGUCACAAAGGAAGACCUCCUCAUGUUCCUACAAGAUUUCCACUCGCAGCUCCGUGUUGAAUGUCUCAUUAUGGGCAAUGUUUUGAAACAGGAAGCGCUAGAUUUGGAGAAAAUCUUCACAUCUCAGCUGAAGUACACUCCUCUUCCCAGAAAUGUGCAACCCGUGAUGCGCAUAUGCGAUCUACCGAAGACUGACCAUUAUUGUCGGGUUCAAAACCUGCGCGAAGAUGAUGAGAACUGUGUCAUAACAAACUACUACCAAGUUGGCCCACUCGAGGAUGUCGGACAGGGCGUUCUCAAUGAAAUGCUGGCCCUUGCCAUGGAGGAUCCGUGUUUCAAUAUCUUGCGGACGAAGAAGCAACUGGGUUACAGUGUGUUUGCGAUGAACAGGAAUACGGCAGACAUUAUUGGAUUAUCUGUUUCCGUCUGCAGUAAUUCGUCUCAAUUCAGCCUUGAGGCCCUGGAUGCUCACAUUGAGGAGUUCCUUCAGGAAUUUGGGCAGAUACUGACAGCGAUGCCAGAAGAGGACUUCGAGAAACAGCGAGAUGCGCUGAUCAAACGGAAAGAGGCUGAAGACGCAAACAUGCGUGACGAGGUCAAUCGAUAUUGGGACGAGAUGAUCACCAGGAGAUAUAUUUUUGAUAUUUUAGAUCAGGAGAUCGCAGCACUCCGGAAACUGACGAAGACAGAUGUAUUAGACUGGUACAGGAAACAUACCCCUUUUGGCAACAAGGCGGCAUCCAAGCUCAGCAUACAGGUUCAAGGUCAUUCCAAGGCCAUGGAUACCUCUGGAGGAGCAGACGCCACGGACUGUUGCCAAGCAACAGCAGACACAGACACGAAAAUGGACACUUCAUCUCGCAGUCGUUUGACCUAUCUACCAUUAGAGGGUAACAAAGUUAGCAAAUCAAUAUCAGAUGUGGUGGACUUUAAAAUGAAUCAGUCGUUUUACCCAGUGCCAAAAGUUGUCAAGAUUUGAUGACUGUUUGUGUUAGGUUUGUUGUUGAACAUAGUGGAUGAAGGCAUUGGUUUACCGAUACAACAGAAAAGAAACAAUGUAUA